GCUGCAAGGAAGUUAAGGAAGGAGGAGGAGAAAGAGGAAAAGAAAAGCUCCGCAGAACAAACUUCUCUUUCAUCAGUUCCCGGAUCCUCCAACCUGGGAGCUGCCACAGCCUCACCUGGGCCUCACCUGGACACACAGCAUGCUGCUUCCUUAUCUCCUAAAAGUUGAUCAGAAUGGAGAAUAAUUGCCUAAGUAGUAACACAUAGCAUUUGAAGUCUUCCCUCCUGAAAGCAGUAUUCUUACUCAUGGAAACAAAGAGGUCAAUGAUUCUUGUCUUUUGGGUGAACCUUGAUAUUCAGCGUAGAGGGACAAUGUGCUAACAGAUCACACCUGAGAGGCCUUUAAGAAAAGUUGCACUAUCCAGAUUUGCAUGGUAUUGACUCCUGUCAGAUCACUUCCCAUGGAUGAAGACAUCAGCAUGGAUGCUUUGCUGGACCUCAGCUUCUUGACAGAGGAUGAGCAGAAUGCUAUUGCGGAGGUGCUAAGGAGGGACUCACAGCUCCGGAUGUCAGAAGAAGGACGAAUCAGCAAACUGCGUGAGUCUGUCUCAGAUCCCAGCUGGCUGAAGAUCUUAUCCGGGGACUGGUUCUGUGAUGUUCGGGCCAAGCGGCACCGCCAUAAUCACUUUGGUGCAGACAUUGUCCGGGCUUCAAUCCGCCGGAAGAAAAAGCCCAAAGCAGGUGAAUGGGAACUGAAUCAGCGAACUAGCCUGGGAGAUUUGGAGGUGAUCAGCGAACCCACAGCUGAGGAGGAGGACAUGCCAGAUGCUACAGAUGGGCUUUUCAGUGAGACUGCUGCUCCUCGGCCACCCUGGCCAGAAGAGACCGAGACUCUGCAGGAUACAACCCUGUCUCAAGAUGAAGUAGCUGAGAACAAGCUGGUAAACGAUGAAACAAAUAAACAAGAGAGAAGCAAUUCAUUUAGUAGCCUGAGUUCAGAGGAGGAGAAACAGCAGAUGGAUACCUUACCAGCCAUCACAGUCUCCAUGCAGAGUAAUGGAAGCCUUGGAAAGGGCCAGGAAGGAGCCCUGAGUUCAUCACCUCCCCAGAACCAGAGUGUGAGCCCCCGGAAUAAAUUACUAAGCACCAGCUCUUCCUUCUCCAGCCUAAGCUCAUCCACGAUGAGUGGCAGUAUGAUGAGUGUAUUCAGUGACAAUGAUCUUGGGAAUGUGGAAGUCCGAGGCUGCAUCCAAUUCUCCCUGCAGUAUGAUUCCAUAAAGAAGGAACUGCAUGUCCAAGUCAUCCAGUGUCGAGAUCUUGCUGAAGCCAAGAAGCAGCAGUCCAAUCCGUAUGUCAAAACCUACCUCCUUCCUGACAAGUCCAACAACAGCAAGAGGAAGACAGCUGUCAAAAAGAGAACCAUAGAUCCCAUCUUCAACGAGACCCUUAAGUACAAGAUUGAAAAGGUUGAUCUUCCGGGCCGGAUCUUGAAUCUGUCUGUUUGGCAUCAUGAUGCCUUAAGCCGAAACCUUUUCAUGGGAGAGGUAGAGCUUGCAUUGAAUGCCUGGGACUGGAGCAUCACAGGUCCACAGUGGUUUAACCUCCAGCCCAGGACUCUGGUGAGCCCUGAUGCUCUGUCUAGCCGUGGAAAGCUCAAUCUGGCCAUAAAAUUCAUCCCAGCUGGAUCAGAAGAGCCAGGGCUUCCUCCCACUGGAGAACUUCAUAUCUGGGUGAAGGACGCACAGAACAUAAUUCCCCGGAGGGGCAGCACAGCAAACUCUUUCGUUCAGUGUUACAUCCUCCCUGAUGACAGCAAGGCAAGCCGACAAAGGACUCGCAUUGUCAAGAAGAGCCUCAGUCCCUCAUUCAACCACACCAUGGUGUAUGAUGGCUUCCAGGCCAAGGACUUGGCUGAGGCAUGUGCUGAGUUCACUGUUUGGGACCGUGAGAAAUUCUCCAAGCAGCAGAUGGGAGGCAUCCGGCUGAGUCUUGGCACAGGUAACAGCUAUGGCCUCCCUGUCCCUUGGAUGGAUUCGACAGAGGAGGAGCGCCACGUGUGGGAGAUGGUGUUCAAGCAACCUCAGCAGUGGGUGGAAGCCAGACUUCCCCUGAGGACCAACUUGACCCCUCGGACCUAA